AUGCCAGGGUGCCGUGCAAGCACAUUCGCCUGGGCCUCGGCUGGCCGCGGGGUGCCGCCCGAGGGUCCGCGGCAGCAGCUCCGGGCGGGCGGCCCGCAGCGGGAGCUGGGGCCGACGGCGCGGGUGGAGCUGGAGCUGCAGCAGGCGCGGACGGCGCAGCUGGAGCUGGAGGCGCAGCUGCAGCAGGCGCGGCCCGUCGGCGGAGAGGCCCCGGCCGAGCGGGGCGCCCCGCUCGGCGCCGCGGGGCGCGGGCGGAGCGGCGAGAGGCGGCAGGAGGCGCAGCAGGGGGUGGAGGCCUCGGCGGCCCAGGUGGCCGUGUUCCAGGAGAUGCGGCAGGAGCUCUGGGAGGCGCGGCGCCGCAGCGCGGAGGAGGCCGCCCAGAGCGCGGCCUCCAUCGGCGCGCUGCGCCGAGACUUCCGAGCCGUGGAGCACGCUCAGCGGGCGGGCGCGGAGGCGCUGGCCGAGCGCGACGCCUCCCUGCACAGCGCGCGGCACGAGCUGAGGCAGUCCCAGGCGGAGCUGCAGCAGGGCGAGGAAGCCUCGGCCUGCCAGCUUGAGCGCCUGCAGCAGCACCUGCUCGUCGAGAGGAGCCAGGCCGAGAGCCAGGAGGCCCUUUCGCAGGAGGCGCUCCAGCUCCUGCGGCACGAGCUCCGCGCGGCGAACCUGCAGCUGGAGCUCCGGUCCACGACGCAGAUGGAGCUGGAGCUGGACGUGCAGGCACAGCAGCUGGCGCAACUGGAGCUCGGGUCGGCAGCGCGGAUGGAGCUGGAUCUGGAGCUGCAGCAGGCGCGGACGGCGCAGCUGGAGCUGGAGGCGCAGCUGCAGCAGGCGCGGCCCGUCGGCGGAGAGGCCCCGGCCGAGCGGGGCGCCCCGCUCGGCGCCGCGGGGCGCGGGCGGAGCGGCGAGAGGCGGCAGGAGGCGCAGCAGGGGGUGGAGGCCUCGGCGGCCCAGGUGGCCGUGUUCCAGGAGAUGCGGCAGGAGCUCUGGGAGGCGCGGCGCCGCAGCGCGGAGGAGGCCGCCCAGAGCGCGGCCUCCAUCGGCGCGCUGCGCCGAGACUUCCGAGCCGUGGAGCACGCUCAGCGGGCGGGCGCGGAGGCGCUGGCCGAGCGCGACGCCUCCCUGCACAGCGCGCGGCACGAGCUGAGGCAGUCCCAGGCGGAGCUGCAGCAGGGCGAGGAAGCCUCAGCCUGCCAGCUUGAGCGUCUGCAGCAGCGCCUGCUCGUUGAGGCAAGCCAGGCCGAGAGCCAAGAAGCCCUUUCGCAGGAGGCGCUCCAGCUCCUGCGGCACGAGCUCCGCGCGGCAAACCUGCAGCUGGAGCUCCGGUCCACGACGCAGAUGGAGCUGGAGCUGGACGUGCAGCUGCAGCAGCUGGCGCAGCUGGAGCUGGCGCAGCACCUCGGCGCGGAGGAUGUGACCGAGAGGAGCGCUUCGCUCGACGCCGCCCGGCGCGAGCUGCACGUCGAGGCGCAGCAGCGAGAGGAGGAGGCCUUGGCGCACCAGGACGCCGUGCUCCAGGGGAUGCGCCGGGAGCUCCGGGAGGCGCGGCGGCACGGCGUGGUGGAGGCGGCCGCGGGGGCGGCGCGGGAGCUCGCGCGGUGGUCGUUGCUGGCGUGGUGGCGUGCGUGCGUCCGGGCGCAGGCAGAGCAGCAGCUGAGCCGCCUGGAGCAGCGAGCGGCGGGCCGGGCCGCGGAGCUGCGGCGGUGCUGGUGCCUCGCGGCGGCGGCCUCGGCCGAGCGCCUCGCGAGGGCGCUGGCGUCAGCGCUCCUCGGGGCCUGCCUGGCGUCCUGGCGCUCCACGGCCGCCGAGGAGCUCUGGAAGGGCGACGUGCGCAGUCUCGAGCAGCAGCUCGGGCGCCACCGCCUGGCGGCCAAGGCCAGAAUUUACCGCGCCGUGGACCUCCUCGUGGCAGAGCGCGCCAAGUCGCUCGCCGCCGCAGCGUUCGGCUCGUGGUGUGCAGUGGUGGUCCAUGCGUCAGGCACGCGUCCUCCAGGCGCUCUUCACGCGCUGCCAGUGCAGCUGCGGCGACACGGUACCGACGCGCAUCCCAGGCAGCCGUUCCAGCUGUCCGAUGCCGACAGGGACGUGGUGCUCCAGGAGCUGGCGCUGCUGCGCGGCGGCUGCGAGCGGUGGCUGGAGCAGCCGCCGCCGCCCGCCCUGCCGGCGCCGCGGUCUGGCUUCGUGCCCGCGAUCGAAUGCGCAGUCUUCCAGGGCGCCGCGGCACGGGGAUCUGCCGACAGCCACUAGUAGAGCCCUGCGUGAGCGCUUGCAUGGAAAGGUGCGAGGUGGACACGGGCGGUCCUGCCGCUGCCGCUGCUUCUCUGUACCUUGCGGCUCUUUGGGGGACUGCCACCUGCGCAGCCGGCGCCCAUGUCGUUGGCUCCCGGGGGCCCCAGGGGGGGCACCCCACUCCGUGCCAAAGACACGGUGGCGGCUGUUGAGCAGCCGCGCCCGGCUUCCUCCCCUGCUCCUUUCCCCCUCCAUCUCCCUCUGCUGGUUAAUCUCUCUCUGCGCACGACCGACCCCGCGCGCCAGGAUCCGCGCGGCGACGGGCCCCAGGGCACGGGAUGGCGCGACCCAUCCCGCGCGGCAAACCGCGGCGGAGGCGCCGACCCUGGGCGGAG